GGGCAGCGCAAUUGUGGUAGUGCUAGAACUUGGCUAACAUCUCCUUCCUUGCUCCUUCCACAGCACCAGGCAGCCAUGGCAUCGGCAACGCUGGCCAGCACCAUGUUGAGCAGCACGGCAUUGGCAAGCCGACAGCCUGCGGCAACCCUCCGGUCGUCUCUCCCCAACGUGGGCCAGAGCCUGUUCGGCCUGAAGGCCGGCCGCGGCCGGGUUGUGGCCAUGGCAAGCUACAAGGUCACAUUGAUCACACCAAGCGGUACCCAAGAGUUCGACUGCCCGGAUGAUGUUUACAUUCUUGACCAUGCUGAGGAGCAAGGCAUUGACCUGCCUUACUCGUGCCGGGCUGGUUCCUGCUCGUCCUGCGCUGGUAUAGUUAAGAACGGCAGCGUUGAUCAGUCGGAUGGCAGCUUCCUUGAUGAUGACCAGCUUGAAGCCGGCUUCGUGCUCACCUGCGUCGCCUACCCAACAGGGGAUGUGACCAUUGAGACCCACAAGGAGGAGGUCCUCACAGGCUAAGCCCAGUCAUUAGCAGAAGUGUUCAUUAUCAAAUUCCUGCUUUAACUUGUUUCCUAAAUUUUAGUCUAAGACUAUCCUUGUUUCUUGUGAGGGAAACUGGCAUGUAAUUUUGUUCAAGCACUUGGUUGUGGUAAUCAUCUUCCAUAUUUCCUCUUCA